ACUGACUGAAUCUUCUCAGCUCCAGGUUGCAAUUUCGCAUCGCUGGGAGAUCCCGACUAGAACCCUAGCUAGGGUUUUUUCAACUCCAUAAUUAUGCAUUCGAACCACAGCAAGUUUUGAUCAAGAACUAGGCCUCAUUUUAUCCGAUUCACCGCUCACUCAUAUAGCUUGAUUCUCUCUAUUCUUGCAUUUAACUGGAAACGGCGAUUCAAUGAAGAAGUGUAGAGUUUUCUUGAUUUGCUUGCUCAUUAUUGGGUUUUCUUUAGGAUUCAUUCACGGCGCUAACUCGGAGGAGGCGAAAAAGAACAAGUUUCGGGAACGCGAGGCGACCGACGAUGCUCUUGGUUAUCCCAACCUGGAUGAGGAUGAAUUGUUGAAUACACAGUGUCCUCAACAUUUGGAGCUGAGAUGGCAGACAGAAGUUAGUUCUAGCAUAUAUACUACUCCUCUGAUUGCUGAUAUUAACAGUGAUGGGAAGCUCGAGAUAGUUGUUCCUUCUUUUGUUCACUACCUAGAAGUCCUAGAAGGUUCUGAUGGGGAUAAAAUGCCAGGAUGGCCUGCUUUUCACCAGUCAACUGUACAUUCCAGUCCUCUCCUAUAUGAUAUUGACAAAGAUGGUGUCAGAGAAGUAGCUUUGGCUACUUAUAAUGGAGAGAUAAUCUUUUUCAGGGUUUCAGGCUACUUGAUGUCUGAUAAACUAGAGGUACCUCGACUGAAAGUUAAAAAAGAUUGGUAUGUGGGGUUGCAUCCAGACCCGGUGGAUCGCUCUCAUCCAGAUGUUGACGAUGAUCUUCUUGUUCGGGAUGCACUUAUGAAUACCAUGCCUGAACCUAAUGGAAGUGCAACUGGAUCAAUCAUGUCAAAUUCAACAACAGCAGCAUCAGCUCAGGUUAACACUCUGAACGAAUCCAACAUAGAAGACCAUGGGAAAACUAACAAUCUAGUAGAGGCAGAGGCUGGAUCCAAUAUACUGAAUAACCAGAAAAAUAUAAGUGAUGUAAGAGCAGAGAUUAAGUUGAGGACGGGUAUGGAGAAUGGUACUCCACAAAACACUAGCACUGCAGAGAAAGAAACUAAAAGUAGAAGACGGUUGCUUGAAGACAAUGCCUUAAAAGGGUCAGAGGGGAGUGGUUCUGAUUCCAAAACCGACAGUAAGGGAGAUGAUCAUAUUGCAACUGUGGAGAAUGAUAAAGGUUUGGAGGCAGAAGCCGAUUCCUCUUUUGAGAUAUUCCGGGAUAGUGAUGAGCUGGCUGAUGAGUAUAAUUAUGAUUAUGAUGACUAUGUGGAUGAAUCCAUGUGGGGAGAUGAGGAGUGGACUGAAGUGGAACAUGAGAAGUUAGAAGACUAUGUGAAUAUUGACUCGCAUAUUUUGUGCACUCCUGUCAUAGCAGACAUUGACAAUGAUGGGGUAUCAGAGAUGGUUGUUGCUGUGUCUUACUUCUUUGAUCAUGAGUACUAUGACAACCCAGAACGUUUAAAAGAACUUGGUGGUAUUGAUAUUGGAAAAUAUGUAGCUGGUGGUAUUGUUGUUUUUAAUCUUGAUACCAAGCAAGUUAAAUGGACUGCACAACUAGAUCUGAGUACAGAUACAACAAAUUUUCGUGCCUAUAUAUAUUCUUCCCCAACUGUUGUUGAUUUGGAUGGUGAUGGGAACUUGGACAUUCUGGUCGGAACUUCAUAUGGCCUGUUCUACAUCUUGGAUCAUAAGGGCAAGGUGAGGGAAAAGUUUCCUCUCGAAAUGGCAGAGAUCCAAGGAGCUGUAGUUGCAGCUGACAUCAAUGAUGAUGGCAAGAUUGAACUAGUCACUACUGAUACACAUGGGAAUGUUGCUGCUUGGACUGCACAAGGAAAAGUAAUUUGGGAAACACAUCUUAAAAGUCUUGUUCCACAGGGUCCUAGUGUUGGUGACGUAGAUGGGGAUGGCCAUACUGAUGUAGUAGUUCCAACACUAUCUGGAAAUAUAUAUGUUCUAAGUGGCAAGGAUGGGUCAAAUGUCCGUCCAUAUCCGUAUAGAACUCAUGGGAGAGUGAUGAAUCAAGUACUUCUUGUUGAUUUGAGCAAACGCGGGGAGAAAAAGAAGGGUCUGACUAUUGUUACUACAUCAUUUGAUGGAUAUUUGUAUCUUAUUGAUGGACCCACAUCAUGUGCUGAUGUCGUCGAUAUUGGUGAAACUUCAUAUAGCAUGGUGUUGGCUGACAAUGUUGAUGGUGGAGAUGAUCUUGACCUUAUUGUGACAACAAUGAAUGGCAAUGUCUUCUGUUUCUCAACCCCAGCUCCACAUCAUCCUCUCAAGGCCUGGCGAUCACAUAAUCAGGGGCGAAAUAAUGUUGCAAAUGGUUUUAAUCGUGAAGGCAUUUACGUUACACAUCCAUCAAGGGCUUUCCGUGAUGAAGAAGGCAAGAAUUUCUGGGUUGAAAUAGAGAUUGUAGAUAGAUACAGGUUUCCUUCUGGGUCGCAAGCACCUUAUAAUGUUACAACAACCUUGUUGGUGCCGGGCAAUUACCAAGGAGAGAGAACGAUAAAGCAAAACCAGAUCUUCACUAGUGCUGGAAAAUACCGGAUUAAGCUUCCAACAGUAGGAGUAAGGACCACUGGGACAGUUUUGGUGGAGAUGGUUGACAGGAAUGGACUAUACUUCUCAGAUGAGUUCACACUCACAUUCCAUAUGCAUUACUACAAGCUCUUGAAAUGGCUUCUUGUCUUCCCUAUGCUUGUGAUGUUCGGUGUGCUUGUUAUACUUCGUCCACAGGAGUCAAUGCCCUUGCCAUCUUUCUCCCGAAACACAGAGUUGUGAUGAUUAGCUUGUAUACAUCCGAGACAAUCAUUGAAGUUCACAGGAAGCAGAUAUUUGCAUCGGCAUCUCUGGCUCGGUGCCAGAAACAAACCCAUAGUUGAGGUUCCAGCGUGUGGGAAUGAGGAUCAUGAUUAAAUGUAUCACAGGUUAAUUUCAUAGGAAAUGAAUGAGGCUUUGUGGGCUGAAACAGUAUAGCAAAUGUAUGAGAUAAUGUUUAGCUAUGUAACAGGUCUAAACUGAGAUUUGAACAUCUUAGUAACAACUGUGAUAUUUUAGGACCCAUUUUGUUUCCCAUUUCAGUGUCUGGUGUAACUUUGGCCGUUGUGCCUCUGUCAGGAACAGAGGGAAAUUAAUAUUUAUUGGCUAAACUGAA